AACUAUCACUGACAGUGAGAGUAGACAUGUCAUUUAACAAUAGGAAAUGUUGUUUUCUGCACUGGAAAAGUUCAGGAUCUCAUUUUUUAAUGAUAGUCUUCUUUGGAAUUGCUAACUGUCAUUCAAUAAGGACGAUUCAAGACUGUGGAAUACAAUGCUCCCAGGGACUUAACUGUAAAAGCAAGCCAACAUAUGACAUAUUGAACUUAUUUUGCCGGGCAGCCCCUAAAUCAUUAACACCUUAUGUUUUGGAAAAUUUGAAAAUAUCUACAGUAAUGAAGUGUCCACAGUCUAAUCGAUGUUCUCUUCAUUUAGAAGUAAUUGGAACGGUAAUUCUUGAUGAUAAUAUUCGUGGGGUUGAAAUCUGCACUUUGUCACCAAGCUCUCAACAGAAUCAGUGUAUGAACAUAAGGUUUAUAAAGAAUAAAGUAAAGAAAUCUAAACAUAAGGUCCAGGUCCAUGCUAACUGCUUUGAAGUGGGUGUUUCUGAGCAUGUCUUUGUAACUAUGAAGACAGUACCAGAUUAUUGUGGCAUUGAAAUAAGCAAAGAGUAUCACGUAGAAGGUUGUCACAAUAAGGAUGUAGGGAAGUACAUACUGCCCUGUCUAACUGGGAGAUUGGAUUACAUGAUCAACGAAGAGAAGAAAAAUAUAAUUGUUUCUGUUUCAAAUAAUCCGGAAGAUUAUGAUUACAAUGUACGUCUGUGUUUGAAAAAAAUCAGCUGCCAUGACACUGGAGCUCAUGCCCGGAUAAAAAAGGACAACUCCACAAAGUCUGUCACGUUGGCAUAUUCAGAAAUUUUACCUUGUUUGUGCAUUGAGGGGUGGCCAAUAUUUCCUGAUGCAAGAAGAACAAGGCUUUGUCCAUUUGAAAAUGAUAAAAAAAUCUGGCAGCACUAUAAAAAAAGAAAGAAAAAGGAAAGGCGGGUGCAAGCCCAAAGGGCUAGACUAUUGCCCAAUGUACAUAAACAGCAAACCGCAAUUCACCCAUGUGGAUAAGCAACGUUUCGGCUCAGCCCUAGAGCCUUUGUCAAGCAGUCAUACAAAUGAGCAAAUUAUAUAUAUAUAUGUACAAAGUGCAUGUGCAUUUCAUCAAGCAUUAGUAUACAUGAUUAAGCAUAAAUAAUAAAAAAUAAAGUGGGCA